AUGGAGUCGGACGCCAGCCGCGUGUCGUCGCCGGAGGCGGAUCACUCCUUCCUGUCCGGCCUGCGCCGCUCCGCGCACGCGCACGGCUUCCCGGGGGCCGUGUCGUCCACGCAGGGCGACUCGCCCAGCCACCACGCUCACGCGCACCGCCGCCAUCACGACGAGGACGAGCUUUCCGACCUAUCCGAUCUCUCGGCGGCGGCGCGCGCGGCCUCCAAGAAGGAGCGCAAGCUCCUGUCCGAGAACGAGCUGCAGUCCAUCCGCCUGAAGAUCAACAGCCGCGAGCGCAAGCGCAUGCACGACCUCAACGUGGCCAUGGACGGCUUGCGCGAGGUCAUGCCCUACGCGCACGGGCCCUCGGUUCGCAAACUCUCCAAGAUCGCCACCUUGCUGCUGGCCAGGAACUACAUCCUGAUGCUCAGCUCGUCUCUGGAGGAGAUGAAGCGACUGCUGGCCGACAUUUACGGCGGAGGGAGCGCCGGAGGAGGCGGCGGGAGCGCGGCGGGGAGCGCCGCUGGAAGCGCCGCCGCCGCCGCGCACCACGGCUUUCACGCGUCCGUGCACGCGCACGCGGUGGCGGCCGCCGCGGCGGCGGCGUCGGCGGCGGGCCCGCACGGCGUGCACCACCCGCUUCUGCCGCCGCCGCCUCCUCCUCCGCCACCGCCACCGCACGGACUGCUCAAGGCCCCCGCGCACGCGCACGCGCACGCACCGGGAGGCUUCCAGCAUUGGGGGGUCGCGGCCGCCGGCGGUAUGCCGUGCCCGUGUAGCAUGUGCGCGGUUCCGCGCCUGACGGGGGACUCCAAAUGA